UUAACUAUUCGUGAUUCGUGACCAUCUCGUUGUUUCUGCACGCGGUCGACCGCAUUUUGUUUCUUGCCAAUUGUUCUUUAAAAAGCAGUAAAAGUGUCUCGCGAAAGUGUACCGCGGAAUUUCGCACAUCCCGCUUUGUAAAAAAUCCAUAAUUAGUUUUGUCGGCAAAGUGCGUGUUAAAAAGUAACUAUGACUCAACUAACUGCCAGCGGCGAUGGAAGACGCGCCCACCCACAGGCUUAUAAAGACAAAACUAAGCCUACAGAUAUUCGCAGCAGUAAUAUCAACGCUGCAAAAGCUGUUAGCGAUGCUGUCCGUACUAGUUUGGGUCCACGAGGAAUGGACAAGAUGAUUCAAUCAGCGACUGGCGAAGUUACUAUCACAAAUGAUGGAGCGACUAUCCUAAAAGAGAUGAAUGUCAUCCACCCAGCCGCAAAAAUGCUUGUUGAGUUGUCGAAAGCUCAAGAUACCGAAGCUGGAGACGGAACUACAAGUGUAGUAAUUGUAGCUGGGGCACUUUUGCAAGCUGCAGAUCAUUUGUUACACAAAGGAAUUCAUCCUACUUCAAUUAGCGAAUCUUACCAGAUUGCUUCAACGAAAGCGGUUGAAAUUUUAAAUGACCUGCGAGUAGCCGUCAAUAUGUCCGAUAAAGCAGCUCUGAUCGAAACAGCUGCUACUUCUUUGAAUUCAAAAGUAGUUUCUCAACAAUCGAGCAUCCUCGCUCCUUUGGCAGUGGAGGCAGUUCUAAGAGUUGUUGAACCUGGCAAGGAAAACGCUGUUGACUUGAGGGUAUGUACGAAAUAUUUGCUUUACUCCCUGCAAUUCUGCCUGUUUAUUGAAUUUUGUAUUCGUCGAAACGUGCCAAACUUUUUAGCGAUUGAAGAUAGUCCGGGAGAUGGUGAAAUCGGCGUUGGCCUGGAAUUAGCAUUUGGUGAUGCUUUCUCCAAAAUCGAAACACGAUACGCGAAUUCUUCGAAAGUUUUGGGCCUUCUUUGCCUCCAGGGUAACGUUCCAGGCAAUUAG